AUGUCUUCAGCUAUGAAUAUUUUAUCAUCAUUCACUAUUUUUGUUUUAUUUGUUUCAAUAAUUAUAUCUGAUUCAAUAGAUUCAAGAGACAAAAAUUUAAUUGAUUCUUUUAAUUUAAAGAAUGAUUUAACACCAGUUAUUUUAAAUGAUGAAAAUAAUCAUUUCAUAGAAAAAAGACAACCUAAGUAUAAUAAUAAUGACGGAAUUCAAGUUAAUGGUAAGAUUGAAAAUUCAAAUGCUACAUUCAAUCAAAUAAAAAAUGGUAUACAAGAAAGUCAAAAUUCUUUGAUAGAUCUAUUAGAACAAAUGCAAACUGAGUUUAUAAAACAGUUGACAUCUGUUCAAAAUCAAAUAUCAAAAUUAUAUAAAACUGCUAAACACUUGUAUUCAAAGACUUCAUCAAUAUACUAA